AUGACGACGACGACGUCGUCGUCGAGCCUCUUCCGCUUCGGGCUCGGCGCGGCACCCGCGUCCUCCCGCGGGCGUUUCGCCGGCGCAUUCGGUGACGGCUUCACCAAUUCGACGGAGCCUGUGUUCCGAGAGUCCGUCUCCGCGGGUGGCGCUGAGUCGGAUGCCGCGGGGCGGAAACGAAUGGCGGAGUGGUUUGCCGUGUCGUCUUCUUGCGGGAAGACGUCGGUUGCGCGGUGCAGGUCGUCGCCGCUUGCGCGCCGGAAUUGGAUCCCCCCGGAAGGCGCAUCGCCUGGCGGCCCUGAGUCGCCGGAGGGAGACCCGAACAUUGUCAAGGGGUAA